UGACGCAUGCGCUUCAAAUAUGAAAUUGAACUGCAUUGUGUGAUGUGUUCUAAAGUGUGUAAAACAGUGCAUUUAUAGGUACAAAGAUACUUACAUAUAUGAGGAUAAAAAUAAAUUACACAGUAAACAUUAAUCCCUUGUUAUCUUGCAAUAAAUUGCAGUGUAUAAUCUAAUCUAUGACAGUGCAAAUAAGAGUUGUUAUGCAAACGAAUUCGGUGUUCAAUGUCAAAUGUUAUCCGGGUGCAUAAUGCAUUGAUAAUAAAACUUUAUCGAGUAAUUCGAUGGUCGUCACUUGUUGGGGACUUAAUGAAAUUAGGCAUUAUAUGGAUAUAAGUUGAAUAAAAUUAUUGGUUGAUGAAGUAUAAUGAUAUUGUCGAUUCACUGUUCACCUGUAACAAUUCAGUCACCUUACGUACGUUGAAAGUACUCGACGGGACGCAUAUGUUUACGGAAAUUAGUACAGUUUAUUAAAGUUUUUAACAUGAGUCAGUUACAAAAAAUGGAGGUGAACCCCGAUCUGGCGAUGGAAAGGUCGAAAUGCAACUUUAAUAUUAUGGAAGUGACGCAUAUUCUUGAUGGGGGCGAGGAGAAUACGGUGCGUAGAAAGAAAAUAGAAGACAUAGCUUUAAACAGUGGAGCGUCGAAGGACUCCUUUCCAGAAGAACACAUGAGUCCAAAGGAGAAGUAUGAAAAUGCUGUGAGGAAGUCAUGCCUGUAUGCUGAUCUUGUCAAGAAUCACUUUGCUCAUCUUACUGGAUUGGAAACUUUCGGAAUUAAUUCCGGCGUCAUCAGGCGCACGGCAGAUGCUUUCUUCAAAGAAGUGUCUCCAUUUUUACUCCAUAUGGGCAUGUUUGUGCCAACCAUCAUGGGCCAAUGUACUUCGGAGCAGCUGUCCUAUUGGCUGCCAAGAGCAAUGGACAUGCAAAUCAUCGGGACCUACGCCCAGACGGAGCUCGGUCACGGUACAUUCAUAAGAGGGCUGGAGACGACUGCUACAUACGAUCCAGAGACUGAAGAGUUUGUUCUGCACAGCCCUACUUUGUCCUCUUACAAGUGGUGGGCGGGAGGCCUUGGAAACACAGCAAACUACUGCAUCGUGGUAGCCCAGCUGUACACGAAGGGUGAAUGCCAUGGCACCCAUCCAUUCAUCGUUCAGAUCCGAGAUGAGGAUACUCACAUGCCGCUCCCAGGCAUCACUGUGGGAGAAAUCGGACCAAAGAUGGGAUUCAACACGGCUGACAAUGGGUUCCUAGGGUUCAAACAUUACAGGAUACCUAGGGAACAUAUGAUGAUGAAGAAUGCACAGGUUUUGAAGGACGGUACCUACGUGAAAGUGGCGAGACAUGGCAAGCUGACUUACGGGACGAUGGUGUUUGUUCGAGUGAUCUUGGUCAACGAGGCUGCCUUUAACCUGGCGAAGGCUUGCACCAUCGCUGUGCGGUACUCCGCUAUUCGCAGACAGUCACGACCGAAGCCUGAUGAAGCUGAACCUCAGAUCUUGGACUACGCGACACAGCAGCACAAGCUGUUCAUCACCAUAGCAACUGCGCAUGCACUACAAUUGUCCAGCAGUUGGUUGUGGCAGAGCUUCAGCGCUGUGCUUAGUGAAAUGAAGGAUGGCAAUACUGAUAAGCUUCCUGAGUUCCACGCCCUCUCGAGUUGUCUGAAGGCAGUGAGCACGUCUGAUGCUGCAUUCUUGAUAGAGCAGUGUCGCCACGCGUGUGGAGGUCACGGCUAUAUGAUCUCAUCUGGCAUCCCGCAUCUUUACAACUUCGUGUCUGCUACCAGGACUUACGAGGGAGAUUACACUGUGUUGCUUCUACAGACUGCUAGGUUUUUGGUAAAAGCAUAUGAGCAGGCUGAAGCAAAGCAGCCACUGACUCCAACCGUUUCCUACCUGAAACUGGCAUUCUCUCGUAAGGAGCCCUGGGACAGCAGCCCUGCGGGCAUCGUCAGAUCCUUUCAAGCUCUCGCUGCAGGAAAAUUAUCUUCAUGUGUGAAAAAUAUGAGGAAACAUAUGCGGUCGGGAUUAUCUGAAGUGGAUGCUUGGGAGAUGUCGACUAUACAAUUGGUGUCUGCGGCUGAGGCUCAUUGCCGUGCUGUGAUCUCGGAUGCGUACAGAAGUGAAAUCAUGAGACUUACUGCUAACUCGAGUCCCAAUGUGAAGAUUGUAAUGGAACAACUGUCGACCCUCUACCUUUACUACUGGGCUCUGGAAAGGACUGGGGACUUAUUGCUGUACACGUCGAUAUCGGAGAAGGAUAUCGUGGAGCUGCAGUUGGCUUAUGAAGAACAGCUUCAGAAGAUUAGACCUAAUGCCGUUGGUAUUGUCGAAGCAUUCGAUCUUCGGGACGAACUUCUACAUUCAACCCUGGGAUCAUACGAUGGUCGUGCCUACGAGCGUCUGAUGGACGAAGCUUUGAGGAGUCCUAUGAACAAAGAGCCAGUCACCCAAGCUUACUACAAGUACUUGAGGCCGAUGAUGAAAGCUAAUCUGUGAUAUAUUAACGUUAUAUUUGAUAAAGUUGAGGUUUUCAAUAGUCAUAGUGCAUUCGGGAAUAAUUUCCGGUUUGUGUUGUAUGUUAUUACCAGAAAUCCAAAACAAAUUAUUUAAGCAGGUAUAUUGAACACUUCAAAUAAGUAGACGUGAUUAUAUGUCUUUUUACUUAUUAAGUUUUCUUGCAAGAGGGCCCAUUUACGGGGGAGGGGGCUCCCCAAUCUCCCCAAUCCCCAAAUCAACAACAAUUCUCAGAUCCCUAGUCCCC